CAAACACCAGCGCGCAGCGUGAGGCGCGAGAUCCUACCCCUCUUUGAUUUAUCGAGGCAACUCCACACACCUCCUGGUGCCGUUUACCGUUUGAGGCUUUUCAUUAUUUAUUCAUCUAUACAUACUUUACGGUUGUGGGUCGCGUGAUAUAGAAAAUUCGCUCUUCUUCGACCCAUAUUUGUAUUUCUGCAGGUGCUUUGAGUUUCUUGGUAGUGAUGGAUGCGCGCGUGCCUCCUGUUCCCGAGCAGAGCGACGAGCGCGUUGCGACGGAAGAGUCGGAGCGCGACUGAUUUUUUAUCUUUAAAGCGUUCGUCCUGAGUGGAGCCUCGCCUGCAGUCGCUGGAGAGAAAAAACAGGUUAUACUGAGAGAAUUCGGUUUGUUCGCCGCUCUGUUCGCUUUUUGUUGUUCGCGUAACAUUAUGCAUCAGAAUUAAAUAGUAUUGGAACAGAGGCCUACACGUUAAACACUGGAUAUGGAGUCCGUCAAGUCAAGAGCAACGGCGGGGGUCAAGGAAUUUGCCGGGAAGACAUUAGGUCAUAUGCACAGAGUGCUCGAGAAGAAACAGAAAACGGGAGAAGUCAUCGAGCUGACUGAGGAUGGGAGGCCCCAGGAGGCCCCUGAGAGGAAGCCCCCGCUGGUCGACUGCACGUGCUUCGGGCUGCCCCGCCGCUACAUCAUCGCGUUGAUGAGCGGCCUUGGGUUCUGCAUCUCCUUUGGGAUCCGCUGUAACCUGGGCGUGGCCAUCGUUGGCAUGGUCAACAACAGCACCGUGCACGAAAACGGGAAAAUCAUCAUCAAGGAGAAAGCAAAGUUCAACUGGGAUCCAGAGACGGUCGGUUUGAUUCACGGAUCCUUUUUCUGGGGCUACAUCGUGACGCAGAUCCCCGGGGGGUAUAUAUCGUCUAAGCUGGCUGCUAGCAGGGUGUUUGGGGCAGCCAUCUUUCUGACCGCGACGCUCAACAUGUUCAUUCCCUCGGCUGCGCGGGUUCACUACGGGUGUGUCAUCUUUGUGAGGAUACUGCAAGGUCUGGUCGAGGGAGUGACCUACCCAGCCUGCCAUGGCAUAUGGAGUAAGUGGGCUCCUCCACUGGAGAGGAGUCGGCUAGCCACCACUUCAUUCUGUGGAUCUUAUGCUGGCGCUGUGAUCGCGAUGCCAUUGGCUGGGAUCCUGGUUCAGUAUUCCGGCUGGUCCUCUGUGUUCUAUGUCUACGGGGUCUUUGGGAUCAUCUGGUACAUGUUCUGGAUCCUGGUGUCCUACGAGAGUCCCGCCGUGCACCCCACCAUCACCGAGGAGGAGCGCUGCUACAUCGAGGAGAGCAUCGGGGAGACCGCUCAGCUGAUGGCCGCCGCCGAGAAAUUCAAAACUCCCUGGAGAAAGUUCUUUACCUCCAUGCCAGUCUACGCCAUCAUCGUUGCCAACUUCUGCAGGAGCUGGACCUUCUACCUUCUGCUCAUUAGCCAGCCAGCGUACUUUGAGGAGGUGUUUGGCUUUGAGAUCAGCAAGGUUGGCAUGCUGUCUGCCCUGCCCCACUUGGUGAUGACCAUCAUUGUGCCCAUCGGGGGACAGCUGGCCGACUACCUGCGCACCAGGAACAUCCUGUCCACCACCACUGUCAGGAAGAUCAUGAACUGUGGAGGGUUUGGGAUGGAGGCCACAUUGCUUCUGGUGGUUGGCUACUCUCACAGUAAAGGAGUGGCCAUCUCCUUCCUGGUGCUAGCAGUGGGCUUCAGUGGAUUUGCCAUAUCAGGUUUCAACGUGAACCACUUGGAUAUCGCUCCACGCUAUGCCAGCAUCCUCAUGGGCAUUUCUAAUGGCGUCGGCACUCUCUCUGGGAUGGUGUGUCCUAUAAUCGUUGGCACUCUGACAAAAAACAAGACCCGGGAGGAGUGGCAGUCCGUGUUCCUCAUCGCCGCCAUGGUGCACUACGGGGGAGUGAUUUUCUACGGGAUCUUCGCCUCGGGGGACAAGCAGCCGUGGGCCGACCCGGAGCUGACCAGCGAGGAGAAGUGCGGCUUCAUUGACGAGGACGAGCUGGCGGAGGAGACGGGAGACAUCAGCCAGGGCUACGGCGCACUGGGCGCCCCGGCCAAGACGUACGGCGCCACCACGCAGGUGAACGGCGGCUGGGCCUCGGGAUGGGAGAAGACGGAGGAGUACGUCCAGGAGGAGGCCGCCGAGGGGGGGUCCUACGGGUAUAGGCAGGAGCAGGGCUACUCCUAGACACCACACACACACUCACACACGCAUACAAACACACACACACACACACACAGACACACACACACACAGAUACACGCACACACACACACACACA